GAAUAAUAAUAAUGAUAAUAAUAAAACUGGCAUUUCUCGGUCACUUUGAUAUUUCCGUUAAAACCUUUCGUUUAUUAAAGCGUAUAUUAAUGACAAACCCACUCGACAGAACGAACGAAAUAACUCUGAGAGAAAGAACGAAAGAAAGAAAGAAAGAAAGAACGAAAAGCUUUAGACCUAUCUGUCUGAUAAUUAAGCUCAGUACUGCAAAGAAAACUCAAUAACCGUAUCCAUGGCGGACCAAGACCCAGAGAUGACCACCCAUGGAGAUCCGGAAUCUUUCGGGGAUGGUAGAACCAACACCCACUUCGCCAACUCCCGCUGCUCUUGUUUCUUCCUUCCCUGUUUCGGGUCACGCCGUUCCUCCACCGGUAGAUUGGUCUGGUGGGAGCGAAUCCGGGCCGUCGAAAACGAUCAUCACUGGUGGUACCGGGGAAUCCGAGCUUUCAAGAAGCUCCGAGAGUGGUCAGAGAUUGUCGCCGGACCCAAGUGGAAGACUUUUAUUCGGCGGUUAAAUAGGAACAAAAGUAACAGCGGUAACGGUGGAGGAGCUCGGCAUGGGAAAUUCCAAUACGACCCCUUGAGUUACUCCCUCAACUUCGACGAUGGUCCGGGGCAUAAUUGUAAUUUGGAGGAAGAGGAAUACGAUGGAUUUCGGGAUUUCUCGACCCGGUACGCUGCAGGUGCGGGUUCGGGUCAGGUUAAGUCGGUUGCGCCAAUAGAAUUGGGUAAAGACGUGGCGGUGUAUGCGUAAGAUAAAAUAAAGCGCUGUUUAUGCUAACAUGCGCGCGAUGGCGAACAAAACGGCUGAAUGAGCUGAGAAGUCUACUGUAUGAGCUGUAUGGUUUGACUCGAGUGACGGCGCGUUCUUUAACGGUAGACUUUUUUUUUUUUCUUUCUUUAAUAAUUUUUUUGUUCAAAAAAGUAAAUAAUUAUAAUUUGUACAAAGAUAGUGGAAGUAAACAAGAUAAUUAUAAAAAAACAAAAAAAAAAUGUUGAUGAUGAUGAUGAGGAUUGAGUAAUGUUGAAGAAGAAGAUUUGUAUUUUUUAUUUCAAGCUUGUGUAUUAUUGAUUUAUGUGGGUAAAUGAAUAUGGACACGUAAUAAUGUUUAGUGUCGUUUUGUUGAAAA